CAGCCACAUUCUGUGCAGUUUGGCAGGUCAUACUUCGGAUAACAACCGUCACAACAGUCAUCCCUGGCUUAGUGGGCAUGCAAGAAAUUGGUGACAGACUGACAGUAGUGCUCUGUAUUAUAAACCCGAACCCACUCUCUGCUCAGGCCUAACACUUGCGUUAUGGCCAUGGCUGCUUGUUCUCUGUUGAAUCCCUCUUCCCCAACUGUAGUUAAUCUCAGCUUCGAGAGAAGUGACUUUGGUUAUCUCCAUUCUUCAAGCACCACUCGUCUUCUGAAUUCAAAGCUCAAACGCUCUUCUAUCAGGUGCCAAUCAACUAGUACUGAAGAUCCAAAAACAAAAAGAAAUUUACUGGACAAUGCAAGCAAUCUCCUGACAAAUCUUUUAAGUGGGGGAAAUCUUGGGUCUAUGCCCGUAGCUGAAGGUGCAGUCACUGAUUUGUUUGAUCGGCCUCUCUUCUUUUCACUAUAUGAUUGGUUCAUAGAGCAUGGCUCUGUGUAUAAGCUAGCAUUUGGACCAAAAGCUUUUGUUGUUGUAUCAGAUCCUAUUGUUGCAAGGCACAUUCUUCGAGAAAAUGCAUUUGGUUAUGACAAGGGAGUUCUGGCAGAUAUUCUUGAACCAAUAAUGGGAAAAGGACUUAUACCUGCUGACCUUGAAACUUGGAAGCAGAGGAGAAGAGUUAUCGCUCCUGGGUUCCAUGCUGUAUACUUAGAAGCUAUGGUCAAAAUGUUCAACGAUUGUUCGGAAAGAACAGUAUUAAAAUUUGAGAAGUUACUAGAAAAAGAGGAGAUGAAUGGGAGAAAGACAAUUGAAGUGGACCUUGAAGCAGAGUUUUUGAGUCUGGGGCUUGAUAUUAUUGGGCUUGGUGUCUUUAACUAUGACUUUGGUUCUGUUACCAAAGAAUCUCCUGUCAUUAAGGCAGUAUAUGGUACUCUCUCUGAAGCUGAACAUAGGUCCACCUUUUACAUCCCUUAUUGGAAAUUUCCCCUGGCAAAGUGGAUAGUUCCCCGGCAACGGAAGUUUUAUGGUGAUCUGAAGGUCAUAAAUGACUGUCUCGAUGGCCUUAUAAGAAAUGCAAAAGAGACCAGAGAGGAAACAGAUGUCGAAAAACUGCAACAAAGAGACUAUGCUAAUCUGAAGGACGCAAGUCUAUUGCGUUUCUUAGUUGAUAUGCGUGGAGCUGAUGUUGACGACCGUCAGUUGAGAGAUGACUUGAUGACAAUGCUUAUUGCCGGCCAUGAAACAACAGCAGCUGUCCUUACUUGGGCUAUUUUCUUCCUUGCACAAAACCCGGCCAAGAUGAAAAAAGCACAGUCGGAAAUUGACUCAGUACUUGGACAAAAUCAACCAACUAUAGAAUCACUUAAAAAAUUGGAGUACACAAAAUGCAUUAUUGCGGAGUCUCUUCGUUUGUAUCCUCAGCCCCCCUUGCUAAUUAGGCGUUCACUAAAAUCAGAUACACUACCAGGAGGAUACAAUGGUGAAAAAGGUGGUUAUAAGAUUCCAGCCGGAACUGAUAUAUUUAUCUCUGUAUAUAAUAUCCAUAGAUCUCCAUAUUUCUGGGACCGUCCUAAUGUAUUCGAACCGGAGAGGUUUUUAGUGCAAAAGAAUAGUGACAUUGAAGGAUGGGCUGGCUUUGACCCUUCUCGAAGCCCCGGGGCAUAUUAUCCGAAUGAGAUUAUGUCUGAUUUCUCCUUUAUACCUUUUGGAGGAGGGCCACGCAAAUGCGUCGGGGACCAAUUUGCUCUGUUGGAGUCAACCGUAUCAUUGGCAAUGCUGUUGCAGAAGUUCAAUGUAGAGCUAAGAGGAUCUCCGGAGUCAGUUGGACUAGUUACAGGGGCAACCAUCCAUACCAAGAAUGGAAUGUGGUGCACAUUAAGUAAGAGGUCUGACACACAGUGAUAUGUAUACCUUGUAUACAAUAAUAGGAACAACGCAAAUGAUAAAUGUCAACUGCGUUCUUCUUUCAAACCUGGUUUACCAGCUAAGGCUGAGAUUUUAAUGAAGUAUAGUUUUCCAAGA